AUGACAAAGGCACACUCUCCCUACUCUCUACUCCUCAAACGCCUCACGCGCCAUCCCUUAAACCCAAAACCCUUCUCCUUCCUCCUUAAACCCUUCUCCACCUCCUCCACAGACCCAAAGCCCUCCUCCCUCUCCGCCCGCCUCAGCUUCGUCUUCGACCAAAUCGACGCCAUCGAGAAAGAACGCUCCGACAAGGGCCAAACCCUCCAAAAGAUCCGAGCUUGGCGCGAAUCCAAACACCCCCAAACCCCUCAAUUAGGGUUCCCAAAUGCCGACGCCGGCGUCACCGCACCGUCGCCAUCAUCUUCCGAUGUGGGACCGGGGGAGCCAAAGAAGUCGGAGUCGGAGUCGAAAGCGGCGGCGGCGGGGGUGGAGGUGGUGCACCCGUGGCCGGAGUGGAUUGAGCUGAUGGAGAGGCUGGUGGGGCAGAACUACUUUGACCAUCGGAGGAAGGACGAGGACAGAAUGGUCCAAGUCAUGGGCUUUGACGCCGCUGAAGAUGCUCCGGCCGGCGACGAUUGCGGGGGCUUGGAUUUCAGGGACUUCAAGACUGUUCAUACCGCCUGUCUUAAUUUCGGCAAGGACCGCUUUGAUAUCUUCAGGUCCUUGUCGAGACAGGAUAUUCAAGUUUUGGUGGGUUUUGGAUGCCCGAGUACGGACAAGAAGGUGGUUUUCUCUUCAAAGCUGUUAAGGAAGCACACCCACCUUGAUGAAGGAGAUGUUUGUAGUUCCUGCACUUUAAGGAAUACAUGUGAAAGAGCCUAUCUGAUUACUAACAAGGAGGAUGAGGCGCGGACCAUUGAUAUAAUGCGCGUUUUAUUGACUUAUGGCUUUGAUCCUAUAAAUGGAUCAGUACUGAACAAAUCACUUCUGAAACAAAAAUCUGUCAAAACUGUAGUCCGUAAGUUGCUUCAUCAGGUUGUCAAGCUGAGUUUGGUUCCAAUAGAUCCUAGCCUACCCUCUCCGGUGAUCAAAAAGCCUCCCCCUAAAGUGAAGCAGCCUCCUCCCCCUCCAAGAAAACGAGUGGGACGCGAUGACAUUGAGAUGAAAAAAGGGGACUGGCUAUGCUCUAAGUGCGAUUUCAUGAAUUUUGCCAAGAACAGCCUGUGCCUGCAGUGUGAUGCCAAGCGUCCAAAGAGACAGCUGCUUCCAGGAGAAUGGGAAUGCCCAGAGUGCAACUUUUUAAAUUACAGAAGAAAUAUGACAUGUUUUCAUUGUGAUUGCAAGCGCCCACCUGACGAAUAUAUUGAGAACAACAUGCAAGAAAACCAACGUGGUCCUAGGACUAGGAUGGAUAAGACUGCAAGUCGGCCGGAGGCCUCUAAUUCCUGGAAUUUUGAUUUUGACGACAAUGAGUCAGAUGGGGCGGAUGUUGCUGCAUUUGAAUAUGCAGAUCCAGUAAUGAAAGAAGGGUCUCUUGAUAGCCCGGGUCAAGGGGAAAACUUUCGACGUCCUGAAUUCGAUUUCAGUAAAAAUAGGAGAGUGUCAAGGGUUGAUAAUGAAGAAUUUUCUGAUGCUGACUCUAUGAAGCCAGGCAGAGGGUUUGAUGAUUUUGAUGAUGAAGAUGAUGAUAUAGACAAUUAUGAGUUGGACACUCGUACUAAUGCAUCAGCAAAGAAUACUUCUUCAAUUGACUUUUCUGAGUUGGAGGGAUCCGAAUCAGAAGACAGUGAAGAUGAUGAUGAACUUGGUGACGAAGACCUUUCUGUUCUUCCCAACUGGAGAUCAAGUCAUGUUGCUGAUUCUAGAUCAAGAGGUCGGGGUAGAAACUCAACUGGUCCAUCAAAGAGAGUAAGCUUUGUUUCUGAUGAUGAAGCUGGGCUCUACUCUGAUGUGGAUGAUGAUCUAGAACAAAAUGUUGGGUCCAGACAAGGUAAACUGAACAAAUUGGGUUCUGGGAGAAAAGACUUUCAGAGUCAAAGAAAUUUUGAUAGUGAAGAUGAUUUAAUGUCUGGUUCGGAAUCAGGGAGUGAUGAUUUUCAUUCUCAUAAAAAGAGACCUAGAGGAAAUAAACCAAACAGUUUCAAUGGUGCACAAUCUCAAUCCAGUGGAAUGAAGGGUGGCAGGAAGAACUCUUUCGAUGAAGAUGACUUUGGGAGAUCAACCCGAGGGUCUCGUGAUAAUAGAGGAUUUCGAGGGAAUAAUUUUGAUGGGCAGAGAAUGAGUGACAGAGGUGUUGAUAGGCGAGAAGGAUUUGGCAAUGGUGGUAGGAGAAACUCUUCUGGUGGCGAUUUUGAUAGAUCUAGACAAGUAUCUCGUGGUAAUAACAAAGGAUUUCGCGAGAACAAUUUUGAUGGACAGAGAAUGAGUGACAGAGGUGUUGAUAGGCAGAACUUUAAGGGGCCUAAACGAGAAGGAUUUGGCAAUGGUGGUAGGAGAAACUCUUCUGGUGGCGAUUUUGAUAGAUCUAGACAAGUAUCUCGUGGUAAUAACAAAGGAUUUCGCGAGAACAACUUUGAUGGGCAGAGAAUGGGUAACCGUGGCUUUGGUAGACAGGACUCUAAGGGACCGAAAAGAGAAGGAUUUGGAAAGCAGCAGCGUGAAAGAUUUAACAAUGAUAGGGACAAGGACAGGGACUCUGGUAACUGUAGCAAUAGUCGACGUGUUAUCGAAAGAUGAAUUCAUGAUUAGAAUCCUCAUUUGGUGAAUGGAUAACUAAUUCUUGUGGUGAUGGUAGCAAGUUGCCUCAUAUCAACAGAACAGUUAUUGAAAAAUUGAGGUCCAGAGAGGUUUUCUUCUCAGUUCACCCCAACUAUGGCAGCACGUAUUGGAGCAGAUUUUCCUUCACGAUUUGAAUAUGUCAUGUACUCAUGUAGCAGAAGGGAUGCUCAUGAAUCAGACUUCAGUUUCAUGGACAGGCAGGAUCUCUCUAAGGUUGGGAUUUUGGCAGUUUUCCAUUAGCAGGCAUAGACUCGGACAUGAUGUAUAGAAUCGGUCCAACUUCAUACAUGAUGUAUCAAAAGUUAUGAUUUAGAACUUGGUAUACUGAAAUUCAUGUACUAAUCAUAAAAACUUUCCUUUUGUAAAUGAACAUAGCUU